AUGGCUCCUGCAGAACCUAAUCAUAAGCCUUUUGAGGUGCAGGGCGAACCGCCAGUGUUCGAAGAAGAGCGGGAAGGAUGGAAGGGAUACAUUGAGUGGGAGAGGUACCCAGAGAAGAAGAAGAAGGCAGCUGAGAUCAUGGCGAAAUACGACUUCCCUGUGCCUCCAGAGUUCCAGUUCGAGCCGUUGCCUAAGACAAACCCCAUAUUAGAAGGAGUGCGCUGGAAACAUUACCACUAUGCAAUGGGACCCACCCUGAAAGAUAUGCCAGACAUCUCCUGGGAGUACGUCAAGAAAGAGAAGAGCGAAGACAUGAUCCACGUGCUACAAUUUCCAUACAACGGCGAGCCGCCAAGGAAACGACUAGUCGAGACUGAGAUCACCCAGAAUCCCGAUUUCUUCGUCCGCAACCACGGAGGUAUCCCAGAGAUCGACCCUAGCAAAUACUUCUUCGAAGUCGAAGGCUUAGUCAACAAUCCAAAGAAGAUUACCCUCGCCGACCUUCAGGAUGAAUCCAAGUUCCCCCGCCAGUCCACAGUUGUCAGUCUCCAGUGUUCGGGAACCCGCCGCAUCGAGCAAAUCCACGAGUACCCCGGCGACGGCGACGAACUCAUCAAUGCUCCCUGGGGCGAAGGUGCUAUCGGUACCGCACGCUGGACUGGUGUUUCCCUCAAAAAAGUCAUCAAGUACUGCGGUGGCCUGAAAGACAAUGGUGCCCACCUCGAGUUCUUCGGAGCAGACACUUACUUCAAGAAAGGUCAGGUAUACAAUUACGCCGUCUCCGUCCCUGCCCGUAAGAUGAAGAUCAACGAAGUAUUGCUCGCCUGGGAAAUGAACGGCGAGCCCCUUCCUGCAAUCCACGGAUUCCCACUUCGUGUCGUGGUCAUGGGAUACAUUGGAGCGAGAAGCUGCAAAUGGCUGACCCGAAUCAACGUCAUUGCCGAGCCUUCGAUGGCUCCCGUGCAGAUGAAGGAAUACCUUUACUAUACGCCGCAGAUGGGCAAACAGAAUGUGACGUACAGUAACGGCUUCAGUAUUCAGACCAUGCCGGUUUCGUCCGCAAUCAUGACCCCCGUCAACAACGAGGUCAUCAUCCACGACGGCAAGAUUACCUUCACCGGGUGGGCAUACAGCGGCAGCGGAUGGCCAGAACGUGUCGAGGUUAGCAACGACGGUGGAGGUGUGUGGUACGAAGUCCCAGAUGAGAACGUGAGCAAGAAAUACUUCCACGCUUGGAGAGUUUGGUCAUUCGAGUGUCCUGUUGACGCAGAGGGAUGGCUGGAGUUCUGUGUCAGGUGCUGGGACGACGCUUUGAACACGCAACCCACAUACGUCCGCAGUGCCUGGAAUUGGGACUUGCACGUUACGUCGUCUUGCCAUCGAGUCAAGCUCUACAGCGUCAAUAAGUCAAAACCAAUGACUGCUAAGCGACUCAAGCAGUUUGAAGACAAGGGCCUGCCAUUCUUGCCGCUCACGCGUCCUGUGCCGUUCGAUCUGGAGACGGACGAGGAUUACAUCAAGGAGAUGACGAAACGCGACGGUCGUGAUCCCUCAGAGUAA